CUUUAAAGCAUUUUUUAUCGUCUGCAAAUGUUCACACGUAGACCGAUAUACACUAAACUGUGGUGUUGUACUACACGCGUUUCAAUGAUGUAUAUUAUAUAGACCAACGAGUAACAUUUCAUUGGUUGAAGUAGGGAGCGGUUUGAUUGUCGUUUUGGUUUAUAAUGUUAUAUAGUAGUGUAAAUAUAUGUUUAUGUUUAGUUAAUGGUUUAUGAAAGAAAAUGUCGAUAUCUGAUUUAUGGCAGUUAUUUGGCGUGGACGUAACAACUGUAUUGUGUCUGUUAGCAAGAGCUUGCUGAAGAGGAAUAUUUAGGAAUGGAAAUAACAAGUGACAUUUAUAUGUGUAUGAGAUAUAUGAUGAUAUUCGAGUGUUACUUCAGAUAUAAAUUUGACCAUAUUAAAUUUUAUAUGACAAACAGAUGAAAAAAACGGUCGGAAUAACCCGACCCCAUCAGAAAUAGGGUCUUCCAGAGAGGUGUUGGGUAAUGGCUAAAAACCUUGGAAACAUUAGUGCAGUGCUUUUAUUAUGUGUUCUGGCCCUAAUAGCAUUCACAGAAUCGAAAAGAGCAAGCUAUGAAUUUGAGAUUAGUUUUCAACAUAAACCUGUACCUUGGCAUAAGUGUCCCACAGGUUGGCAUAAGAUAGGAAGAAAAUGUUAUCGAGUAUUUGUUGAAUCUGUAUCCUGGGAUGAAGCAGAAAAAUUCUGUCAAAGUUUUGGUGGUACAUUGGCCAUUAUUCAGGGGUUCAACAAGAAUCAUGGAUUAGGCCAGGUUUUGCAAGAAUUUAUAACAGAUGCCAAUCAAAAUACUAUUGUACCGAGGAGGAACGCAGCUGAACUAUUUUCUUGGAUUGGUUUUACACAAGAUGAUAAAGGUAGCUUUUAUUGGUCCAAUGGUUCACCAGCCUCAGAACAAGAAGGAUUUUGGUCACCAGAUAAUUCACCAUUUUCAGGAUCUAGAGAGAAAAAAUGCUGUGAUAUUGGUCUAAAUGAAACCAAAUAUGGUAAAUAUCGCUGGAUUCUUCAUGGCUGUGAAUCAAAACGUCCAUUUGUUUGUGAAAUUCGUACCUGUGAAAGACACCAGAAGCGAUGUUCUGAUGGACGAGGCUGUAUUUGUAAGAAUUGGAUCUGUGAUGGUGAAAAAGAUUGCCAAGAUGGAUCUGAUGAACGAGACUGUGAUAAUAGUGAUCAAUGUGGGCAAACACUUACUGGUAAAGAUGGAACAUUCCAAUCUCCAAAUUACCCCCAAAAUUAUCCUAAAUAUUCUGAUUGUCAAUGGAGGAUUGAAACAUCUGUGGGAACAAAAAUACAGCUGACAUUUGAUGAUUUUGACAUAGAAAAUAAAUAUGAUUACGUGGAUGUUUAUGAUGGCAGCAACACCGAUUCAACUAAACUAGGUCGUUAUGCCGGCAAGAAAACCCCAGAAGUUCCACUAUCGUCUGGAAAUGUUCUGGUUGUAAGAUUGAAAGCUGACCAAUCUAAAGAGAAGAAAGGUUUUCAAGCAACAUUUACUGCAGUAUCUUUUGAUGGUGAACGUGAUGCAUGUGGUGGUAGUCUGGUAGCUACAACUCAAGACAACUGGUUCUCAUCACCUCAAUAUCCUCAGUAUUAUCCAGAAAAUGUAGUCUGUGAUUGGUCAAUUACUGCUCAAAAUGCAGAGGAAAUUGUAACAUUACAGUUUGGUGAUUUUGAGUUUGAGAGUCCGUAUGAUUGGGUUGAAGUUAGAAAUGGUGAUGAUGUGUCAUCUGCUGUAUUUGAAAGAUUUACUGGUGCUAGUUUACCUAAGAUUAUCAUAUCUAGUGGCAAUUCUUUAUUUGUGAGAAUGAGAACCGAUUUUGCUUAUGGAAUGAAAGGAUUUAAUGCAACUUACAAAAGUGGUUGUGAUGUUAUUAUUAAUAGUGGUUUUGCCAAAAUUGAAUCCCCCGGUUAUGGAGUUACUAAUUAUCCUAAUGAUGUGAAUUGUUCUUGGAGAUUGGUAGAUCCACAACACAGACAUCUGUCUCUUAUAUUUGAUCCCGGUUUUAAUACAGAAAUCACUUCUGAUCCUGUUCAUGUGUAUACUUCUAGUCGAGAUUUAGUAGGUACUUUCUCAGGGAAAAUGUCACCACCACCAACUCAGUCAAGUAAUGACUGA